AUGGCUCCCCAUACUAAUAAAAAUUCUUCCGCUCAUUCUCAUGAAUCAGAACCUGAGACCGAGAUUUUGAAGCUGCCGCUGCCUGGGCAGACUCUCCGAGAAGGAGACCAUCAACUCCAGCUGACCGAGGUCACUAUCACCGGUAACACACCUACCAACAAGAUUUUGAAACAGCAUCUUGCACAGUAUGGGCUGCCAGUGAGCGGGAACAGAAGAGUGCUUCGAACCCGUCUCCGAGACUUCGCCAAUGAUCCCGAGCAAUGGGCGGGGUUGUUUCAGGCAAGUCGGAAGCGCAAGAGGGGCGACUACACAGGCUCCCGAGCGAACAAACACUCCUCGAAGCGGAUCGUGACCCUCUUCGGAGAGAGGGAACCUGUCGUGGAGUAUCCGUGUAAGAGGAGUGGAGAUCUAUGCGUACCUCAGCCUUUGCAGCACUCUGUUGUUGCGCAUAACGACACUUGGUCUGAUGCUGUGCUUGGGGACACUGCCACUGGCAGAAGACAAGAAUGA